CUCUCACUAGCAUUCAAACCCUCAUCGAAGAGAUCGAUGGCGGAGGUCGAGGCGGCGGCGUCGGCGGUGGCGGCCGUGGCGGAGGUGACGGAGGCGAAGGGCAAGGAGCUGCAUAGAUUGGAGAGGAAAUGGUCUUUCUGGUUCGAUAACCAGUCGAAGCCUAAGCAGGGAGCAGCUUGGGGCUCAUCGCUCCGCAAGAUCUACACCUUCGACACCGUUGAAGAGUUUUGGUGCUUGUAUGAUCAGAUAUUCCGGCCUAGCAGAUUGAUUGCUAAUGCAGAUUUCCACAUGUUCAAGGCUGGAAUAGAGCCAAAGUGGGAGGAUCCUGAAUGUGCAAAUGGCGGCAAAUGGACUGUUACGAGUAGCAGAAAAGCUAACCUUGACACCAUGUGGCUUGAGACGCUGAUGGCUUUGAUUGGUGAGCAAUUUGAUGAGAGUGAUGAGAUUUGUGGCGUUGUGGUGAGUGCACGGCAGAGGCAGGACAAAGUGGCACUAUGGACAAAGACAGCUAGCAAUGAAGCUGUUCAGGUAGCCAUAGGUAGAAAAUGGAAGGAAAUUAUUGAUGCCCAAGAGAAGAUCUUUUACACCUUCCAUGACGAUUCAAGAAGAGAUAAAUCAAGUCGAGGUGGUCGCUACAACGUGUGAGAUUUUCGGAGGAGACAUAUAAUUACGACUGAAUGCCUCUUGAAAAUGCCGGUGAUGAACCAUCCAUUCUUGAAGAUGGUCAUGAAUAUCCUUGGAGGUGUUCCUCUUGGUUGUUUGGACAAUUAUCUGAGAUUUAGGCCUUGUUGUUCCUCACUAUACAGAUGUAAUCGUCAAUCAAUUUUGAAUCUUUAAACUGUUUGCCCUAAUUCUUUUCUGCAAAUUUAGAGAAUAGCUCGUUUUGACUU